AUUUUAAUUUUAUUUUUUUUUCAUUUCUCUCUCAAACUCUCUCCUCUCUCUCUCUCUUUCUCUCUUUCUCUUUUCUUCUUCCUCCUCCCAAAAUACCAAAAAAACAGGAGAGGAAGGAAGGAAGGAGAGGGAGACAAAACAGAAUCGACGACGACGAUGUCAUCAAGCUCGUCAUGUAUAAGCCUUGCCUCUCUCUACGAAGGAUAUAUCCGCCGCUGUUUCUCCGGCGCCGGUCUCUCCAAUAAGACCGUUGAAAUCGACGGCGGCGAAACCACAAUGGAGUAUUGGGGACCAACCAAGGAGACAGGCUCAAAACCAGCCCUCGUACUGAUUCAUGGAUUUGGGCCGGAGACAAUCUGGCAGUGGCGGCGUCAGGCCACCGCAUUCUCUCGUGAUUAUGAUAUUUACGCUCCCAAUCUCGUCUUUUUCGGCGACUCCACCACCAAAUCUGCCCAAAGGUCCGAGAUUUUCCAGGCAGAGUGCGUGGUAAAAUUGAUGGAGACGCUAAACGUGGAAAAGUUCAAUGUGAUGGGAACAAGUUAUGGGGGAUUUGUAGCAUAUAGAAUAGCAUUAAAGUGGCCGGAAAAGGUGGAGAAGGUGAUAAUCGCUAGCUCGGGCAUCAACAUGCGACUGAGGGAUAACUUGGACAUGGUGCAACGAGCGAAAGUCGAAGGAGUUGAAGACGUACUCCUCCCAACAAACCUUCCUCACAUGAAAAUCUCAUUCUCACUCAUUUCCGCCUCCAAAUCCCACAUCCCCGAUUUCAUCUUAAAAGACAUGUUGAAGAGGCUUUUCUCCCAUAAUAGGAACUCAAAAAUUGAAUUGUUACAAGGGCUUACCAUAGGAAAGGAUGACAAAGUUAAUGUUUCUCCUCUUCAGCAGGAUGUGUUAUUGGUGUGGGGCGAGCAAGAUCGCAUUUUCUUCUUGGAAAAUGCAAAUGAGCUCAAAGAGCUUUUGGGAGAGAAGACGAGGCUCGAAGUGAUAAAGAACACGGGUCAUAUCCCUCAAAUAGAGAGUCCAGAUACUUUCAACAACAUUGUCAGGAAAUUCUUAAGUGGGGCGACUUAAUUAGUUCUUUACUAGCUAGAGAUUAUAUUAUAGACCAGACAGAUUGUUUUGAUUGCUCUUGUUUAGGGUUAGAUCUCUAGACCUUUGAUUAGAAUCGUUUGUGGUGAACUCUUGGUAGUUUAAUAUUGUUCUAUAAUUUGGUAGUAUAA